UUCUAUUCUCUACACUCUACCCUCUCUGUCCCAUACUAUCAUCUCUCCCGUAUCUUCUCUACAUCCCAUCCACAAACAUGGCCGAUCAAGCCGAUGCCCCCAACACAAACAAGGCCUUCGUGCCGCUAGAAAACAACCCCGAAGUGAUGUCGCACCUGAUCCACCAGCUCGGCCUCCCGCCCUCCAUCGGCUUCUCCGACGUCUUCUCCAUCGACGAGCCGGACCUCCUCGCCUUCGUGCCCCGCCCCUCGUACGCCCUCCUCCUCGUCUUCCCCGUCUCGCCCACCUACGAAGCCUCCCGCACCGCCGAAGACACGCCCCUCCCCGAAUACACAGGCUCCGGGCCCUCGGAACCCGUGGUCUGGUUCAAGCAGACGAUCCGGAACGCCUGCGGGCUCAUCGGCCUGCUGCACGCCGUGUCGAACGGCGCCGCGAGGUCCCACGUGCUCCCCGGCUCCGAUCUGGAGGGUCUGCUACGCGAGGCUGAGCCGCUGGGUCCCGUGCAACGGGCCGAUCUGCUGUACGAGAGCAAGGCGUUGGAGAGCGCGCAUGCCGAUGCUGCGAAGCUAGGCGAUACAGCGGCGCCCGAGGCGGAGGAUAAUGUCGAUCUGCACUUUGUGGCGUUUGUGAAGGGGAGUGAUGGCCGGCUGUGGGAGCUUGAUGGCCGGCGGAAGGGCCCGUUGGAUCGCGGACAGUUGGCCGACGAAGAGGAUGCGUUGAGUGAGAAGGCGUUGGAGCUGGGUGUGCGUCGGUUCUUGGGCGUCGAGGCCGCUGGCGGGAACCCGGAUUUGCGAUUCAGUCUGGUGAGCCUGGGGCCGGUUUUUGAGUAGAUUGAGCGUGUCUUGCUGGCUGACUGGCUGAAUUGGAAUGUUGUCGGUAUCUGAAUGGUUGUAAAUCUGGGUGUUCGGCGUGCUUUGGGUAUUCUAGAUUGUGGCAUUGUUGAUAUUCACAAAUAAGAUACGCGCCUCUAGAUGAUUAGA